ACUCACCCAGGUGCUGAACGCAGCAGCGGCUUCACGGCCGCUCGGGUGGGAGUAGCUGGUGCCUUCUCCGCUCUAAGAAGGUUGUUUCCAGUCCCCGGACCGCCAGCCUACCGCCGGGCACCUCCCUUCCAGCACCACCCCUUUGGGAACUGAGCCAGGGGGGCAGCAGUCGCGGCGGCGGGUGCUGAGCAACGGCGGAAGACAACACCUGGCAGCAGGCUAGAAUCUGAUUUGCUUCCUUUUCGGCUUUUCUAAGAGAUAUAUUUAUAUACGGUUCUGGGGAGUCUCCAGGACCAAGCUGGAGCCAAGUGCCGUCUGUCUGACCAUCUCGACCACACCGUCUCUAUUCCUCCUCCCCACCUUCAGCGUACACCGCAAACAAGCCUUACCUCGGUGCAUCUGGGAGAGGUAGCAACAGCAAGCGAGCCUAGCCAGCCAGAGGCAGCCGGAGGAAGGAGGGGCGGCGUGGGGGUGGGAGCAAAGAGCGGGCCGAGGCCGCCCAAGGUGGGGGGAGCGGGGGCAGAGCUGUCGACAGAACCUGGCAGCCGCCCUCCUCCACCCCCACCCACCAGAAGCACUCUUUCCUGAUUAUCUGAGAACUGAAUUGUUCCAUUAGUAUUAUUUUAUUUUUUAUUCUCCCCAUCACUUACCCACCGCCCCUACCCCCGCGCCUGCCUUGUCUGUGGUUGCAUGGCAGCACUGCCCGGGUGCGGGGGCUCAGGGCCAGCCCCUCGGGAAGGAAGAGGAGGAGGAUCAUGAAGCCUGGAGUCGCGACCGCGCUGGACCGCGGGCAGCAGCCAGAGGACCAGCUGGAGCAGCCCCCGCCUGGGAGACACCAGGACGCAGACCAGCAGUCGCUUCUGCAGCCACAGCAGCAGCGCCGGGCGCGUGCAGACCCAGAGCAGGAGGAGGAGGGCGACAGCGACCCAGAAGAGGACGAGGAGGAGAAAGCAAAGCCACUCUCCAGCCCGGACCUGCCCAUUUUCCAGCUCUCGAACCUCGCCCGAAGGGACCUUUGAUGGAACCAAGGGGAGGGGCCUCCGACUCACAGACUGCAGCUGGAGUGGGCUGGGGGCUGAGAUCAUGUAACUAUUCUCCUUCACUCUCCCCUCCCACACGCCCCUCUUCUCUACCUCCUUUCUCUGAUCCUUCUGUCACCUUCUCAACCCCAAACACACACCCUUCCUCUAUUCAGGACCUUAAGCUCUGGAAGGCAGCAGCACCCUCCGAGGGUUAAGGAUCUCUUUUUCCUCCAUCCUUUCCUGGUCCACCGCCCUAUAUCCCACCUCUUCUGUGUAGCCUUUUGGCUGCAUAGGCGAAGCACAAGGCGAAGCUCUUUGCCCAAUUUCACCCACAACCAGCCCCCCUAAUUCCUCUCUUAAAAGCAACUCUGGUGCUGCUGGAGGUCAAUUGCCCCGGUUUUCUGCCCAAGAGAAUUAGAACGUCUUCUACCCCCACCCAAUUUUGCCUUUCCCCCAACCACUUCGUACUACCUGAGACAGUCUGUCUUUCUCUCUCUCAUGUGCAAUUCUCAAUUCUUUACUGAGCUGAGUUCCCUAAGCUGCUCCAAAUUUGAUUUAUAUCCACCGUUUUUAUAUAAAAGAGAUUUACUACAGCCUAGAGAUUUGAGAAGAAGCUAGCAACCCUUUCUUUGGGAACUUUUAACCGUUAGACAUUGGUCAUGCAUCCCAGCCUCGAUGCUUCUUCUGUUGCCCUGCUCCCAGCAGUGUUCUGGGGUCAAAGACAGAAAGGAGACAGCAGCCAGAACUAAGUCUGAGGUUGGGGCGGGGCUGCUAGAGCAAGAAAAACUUUUUUUACUUUUCAUUUCCUUAGUAGCGUUCAGAAUCAUUGACUCAGAGUUGUCAGUCCAAGAGGGUAAUUUAUUUGCUGCUUGGAGGGGUUAUAAGAAGAGCCAAUAAGAAAAGAGGGAACACAGGAACACUGUGGACCCCAAGCCCCACCCUACCCACCUCUUCAAAGACUCCAGCUGCCCCUCUCCAGUCCUCUGCUUCCCUAUCACAUGCUCAUGCCCCUGGGUGGGCUGCUGUGGUGGUGGUGCUGCUGCUGCGGCUGGUACAGCUGUGGACUGUGCACCCCAGCUCCCCAGAUGUUGCGCCACCAGGGUCUCCUCAAGUGCCGCUGUCGAAUGCUCUUCAAUGACCUGAAGGUUUUCCUACUGAGGCGCCCCCCUCCAGCGCCCCUGCCCAUGCACGGCGACCCUCAGCUCCCUGGUGUGGCGGCCAACAACAACACCCUUCCGGCUCUGGGUGCCGGGGGGUGGGCAGGUUGGAGGGGCCCCCGAGAAGCGGUGGGCAGGGAGACCCCUCCUCUGCCACCUCCACCACCUUUGCCUCCUUCUGGGGAUGAUGACUGGGAUGGCCCAGCCACAGGGCCACCUGCCUCCCUGCUCAGCAGUGCUUCCUCUGAUGAAUUCUGUAAGGAGAAAACUGAGGACUGCUACUCUCUGGGAAGUAGCUUGGACAGUGGUAUGAGAACUCCCCUCUGCCGCAUCUGUUUCCAGGGACCAGAACAGGGAGAGCUGCUAAGCCCAUGCCGCUGUGAUGGUUCAGUCAAAUGUACACACCAGCCAUGUCUCAUCAAAUGGAUCAGUGAAAGGGGCUGCUGGAGUUGUGAGCUGUGCUACUACAAGUACCAUGUCAUCGCCAUAAGCACAAAGAAUCCUCUACAGUGGCAGGCCAUAUCCCUGACGGUCAUCGAGAAGGUUCAAAUUGCAGCCGCCAUCUUGGGUUCUCUCUUCCUCAUCGCCAGUAUCUCUUGGCUCAUCUGGUCAACCUUCAGUCCCUCAGCAAAAUGGCAACGCCAAGACCUCCUCUUCCAGAUCUGCUAUGGGAUGUAUGGCUUCAUGGACGUGGUGUGCAUAGGCCUCAUCAUCCACGAAGGGCCCUCGGUAUAUCGCAUCUUUAAACGCUGGCAGGCUGUAAACCAGCAGUGGAAAGUGCUGAACUAUGACAAGACAAAAGACUUAGAGGAUCAAAAAUCAGGAGGCAGGACAAACCUACAGACUUCCUCAUCUGCCCAAGCCAAUCUACCCUCUGCGGAAGAGGAGGCAGCUAGCCCGCCCGCCCGUGAAGAGGGCCCCACCAGGGCCGCCAGCCACCCCUCAGGCCCUGUGUCCCAACACCACUGUGCUUACACCAUCCUACACAUCCUGAGUCACUUGAGACCUCAUGACCAGCGGAGCACCCAGGGCAGCGGCCGAGAGCUUGUUAUGAGAGUCACCACAGUGUGAAAGGAGGCCUGGGAGGCAGGUUGAGACCACACACCAUGCCACAAGAGUCUGGGCCAGGAGGGGCCCAGGGAGCAGGAAUGGUGGGCCUCAAGGGGAGCUGUGGGGGAGACCGCCUGAGGGAGAGCCCUUACAAUUCCCAGUCCAUUGGUUCCACAGCAAAGGAAAACCAACACAAACUUCACAACAAUGGGUGGGACAAAUGGAAUCUGUCCUAAGAAAACAAACCCUCCCAGAGAGUCACAAGUAGCAAGACACCCAGAAAAGGGUGGGCAGAAAAUGGUGGCUGGUACCUGGGGUACCUGCUGUGCCUGAGGGUCUAAGGGCAGCAAAGAGAGAAAACAAAGGGCCACUUGGGUGCUGCUGCUUCCUAGCACUGGGUAACUGAGAGAUGAGAGAGAGAGAGAGAGAGAGAGAGAGAGAGAGAGAGAGAGAGAGACCUUGUGAGCUGGUGGUCCUAAUGUUUGCUGAGGGCCUCUACACUCUGUAAAAUUCCAGUGACUCAAAUGGCUUUAGGGAUCCCCUGGAGACAGUUCAGGAAGGGAGUUGUUGGUAUGCCUAGCCAGAGAGAUGGGGUUGGGUCCCCCCAGGAAGAACUUUCCUAGCUGUAACAUGAACUCAAAGAAGGCUGAGGUUUAGACAUGGCGAUCUUUCUGUUUCCUUGUUUAUUUUACGGUGAUUUGGCUCAAAGAUGUUUACAGGACGUGGGGGACUCAUGUACAUACAUGUGCAUGUGGAGAGACGUGAAGACUUCUCAUGAGUGGCUCAAGCACACUUCCGCUGCUGUGGCGUCAGCCUUCAAAGAUGUCAGGCCAGGGAUGAUUUUCCUCACUACUGAGCCCUGUCUAUAACCAGGAUAAUGCAGUGCCAUGUCCUUUUGGAGUUGACACUCUCACAGGGCAGGCCCACAAGCACACACGCAUAUGUAUGUACACAUGCAUGCAUGCGUGUGCGAGUGAAUGCCUGUGAACACACACACACAGACACACACACACAGACACACACACACAGACACACACGCACUCACGUGCUUGAGCACACACACAGACACAUACAUACACACACACACACAUCUGGGUCUGCUGCAGCGUGGGGGUGACACUGACCUGUGUAUCUCAAGGAAGGCAUGAACACCUAUCUAAGUAUUCCUAGCUCCUUGGUACCGGUCCCCUCCCUAAAGAGGCAGUUUGCCUUGUGCUCUGGGCUAUGUGCUCCGGGUUAUGUGCUCCGAGCUAUGUGCUCCUGGUCCUUCUGGUGCAGCCAGGCACACCAGGGAGGCAGUCAGGGAGCACAGUCGUAGGAGCCCACCAGUGUGUUCCAGGACCCUGCCAGGGAAGGCCACUGGGUGGUCACCUGCAGAGUUUCUUACUGUCAUUGCACAAUGGACAUGUCAUCCUUGGGUAUUAAAUGGACAUUGUCAAGUACUUUUUUAAACUAGUUUUUAGGGUUUUUUUUUUUAAAAAAAACUCUCUCUUGUUUGUAAUAUUCUCUUAAAAGCUUGGAAAUAAAAUUUCUUUCCCUAGCA